GCCGCCGCCGCCGCCGCCGGCGCUCCUGCUCCGGCUCGGGCCGCACGUGCAGCCACUUUCCGGCCCCGGUGGCGGGGGUCGCCGGAGCCCCCGGCUGGGCGCCCGCCAUGGCGGCAGCGGCGGCGGAGGCGCGCGUGUUCCUGGAGGUGCGGAGACGGCUGCAGAGCGCGCUGCUGAUCCUGGGGGAUCCAAACGAAGGAGGUCUGCCCAUGGAUGUUUCCAUAACGCCGUCCUCGCUCCAGAUGAAAAGCCCUGGCGGCUGCACAGAGCUCCGGCUGCCAGCAGGGGUCAGCCUUGUCCCGUCCUCCUGCCGCGGGCUGCAGCACGUGGCGGGGGACGGGCUGCAUCUGCGGCUGCAGGCGCAGGCGGAAUUCUGCACAAAACUGAUUUCAGUGUUUAAUCAAAGCCCACAAGCCCAAGAAUGUUGCACGUUUUAUUGCCAGUCCUGCGGUGAAAUCAUCAUAAGAGAUAGGAAGCUCCUGAGGGUACUCCCCCUGCCAAGUGAAAACUGGGGCGCUCUGGUUGACGAGUGGUGCUGUCAUCCCGACCCCUUUGCUAAUAAGCCACUUCAUCCGCAAGAGAAUGACUGUUUCACUGGAGACUGUUUCUUCUUGGUGAAUUUAAGACGUGAUUUGCAGCAGCUGAGACCUGAAGCAGCCCCAGUGGAGACGCGCUGUGUUUCUUCUGAGAACCAUUUAAAAUUGAAACCAAAGGCAAAUACCAGAGUAAUUUGUAAGCGUUGCAAGGUAAUGUUGGGAGAGACCGUGUCAUCAGAAACCACUAAGUUUUAUAUGACAGAGAUAAUUAUUCAGCCAUCUGAAAGAAAUUUUCCCAUCAUACCAAGGUCUCAGUUUGUACAGAGUGUUAUUGCCCAGUGCCUGGUGGAGCUCUCCUCUGCUAGAAGCACUUUUCGAUUCACUAUUCAAGGUCAUGACAGCAAAGCGUACAUCUUGCUAUGGCUUUUAAACUCAGACGGUUUGGUGAUUGAAUCUUUGGAAAGUUCCACAAGUAUCAAAAAAUUCCCUCUGUUGGAAGAUGUAUUGAAGGCCGAUUCCAGUUCUGCCUGGAAUGUUGUCAAGGUCCUGUACCAGCCGUGCAUCAAAAAUAGGAAUGCAGAGCUCGCCAGCUCGUGGGAAAGUGACAUCAGCGUCCACUCCCUCACCCUGCCCUCUGCCACCUGCUUGGAGCUGCUGUUGAUACUGUCGAGGAGUAACGCCACGCUGCCUCUGUCCCUCCGCUGUAUGAAUUCUUUCCAGCUAAAACUAUGGAGAAAUUCGAUGCGUCUGAUCUGGGCUUUAUUAGAUAGCCUGAAAAUAUUCUGUACCUAAGCCUGUAUGAAUUAAAAUGUUUUAAAACAACCAGGUUUUAAGAUAAAUUGCUGCUGAGAAGCCCAAUAAAUAUAAUGUGAUUAAAAGCAUUGGCACGACCCAAAGAGAGACUGGUGUAAUUACUAAUCGUAAAGGGAACCUGGAAUUGCCCAGGAGUCUUGAGGAUUUGGAAUCCUGCUCACGGAAGAUCCAAAGCAGUCGUUUGAACCAAUGGGCAAGAGAACUGGAUUACUUCACGGCAAUAAAACUUUAGUGUCAACUUAAACUUUAAUUUUUUUCCUUUAAAGUGCAUGUGAAUUAUUUUAAUUACUGUAUGGUUCGUUAAAAAAGGACCAACUGGCUCCUGCUGUAAAAUGGCAAUAUCUGGCCCGUCCAGCAAGCAUCCUUACCAGCCAGACUCACCUGGCUCAGUUUUGAUGUGCACUCAGCCAUUUCGUCACAUUAUAUAAGGAAAGCACUGUGGGUUUUUCUUCCUCUUCCAGGUGGCCUUUCUGAAGAUGUAACCGCGGGAGCCGACACAUUCCUCUCCGCAGCGUGGGGUGCACCGGCAGCCAGCUGUCAGCCCAGUGGGCAGCAGUUACAGAGACAAGAACCCGGCUACAGAAUUGAGAACAGGGCAUUACAGUUUUGAGUUUACUUGCUUGCAUAUAUUCUCUAAGAGAAGAGUUAACUCUGAAUCUUUGAAAAACCAAGGCUGUGAAGAAAGUCACAGUAGCAGGUUGAGAGAUAAGAAUAGAAUUUAUGUCUCCAUUUCCCACCAAGAGGAAUAUUCAGAUAUGCGCAGUGUCAGCACCACCUGGAGCUGGAGCGAGUGGAGACCUGUCUGUCCUGUGUGGAAUGCAGCUAGGGGCUUCGCUGGAGGAAUUGGAUGUUAGCUGCUGCAAAUCUUAGGACAAAAACGUCCAGAGAACGUCUCAGGCUCGUUUAAAAGCAUUCUUUUUAAAGAAAAUGUGGAAUUUUGUAUACCUUAUUCAGAGGAGAUGCUCAGUAAAUAAAUGUUUGUUGAAUGCGUGAUUUCAAAUUAAAGGUUUUCCCAUUUAUGCAAA